AUGAAUGAGACCGAGCAUAUCGCAGAUCCAAAGCAUGACCUUGAGGCACUCAAUCGUUUUACCUCAGGGCGCUGGCUUUGGAACGAGCGACAACAACUUGCCUGCCGCUAUGUCAAUUUCGACCUCUCAACACUUCUGCAACGAGCUGCCUCUGCGAUCGGAUCGAGAUCAUGCACCGAAGUGUUAAAGAUCUCAGAGGGCCAAUACAACAAAGUUUUUCAGCUUACCAUGAACGAUGGACGCGAGAUUAUUGCGAAACUUCCAAAUCCCAAUGCAGGCAGACCACACUUCACAACAGCUAGUGAGGUUGCAACUCUGGACUUUUUGAGGAAUGUUCUGAACCUCCCGGUUCCGAGAGUAUACGCAUGGUGUUCUCGAGCAUCAGAGAAUCCUCUCGGAGCAGAGUAUAUCCUUAUGGAGAAGCAAGCUGGCAUCGUACUAACCAACGUAUGGGACACCAUGAAAGGAAAGCAGAAAGUCCAAAUUCUGGACCAGAUUGUUGAUAUUGAAAGGCGCCUAGCAGCUACAAAAUUCUCUCGGUUCGGGUCGUUGUACUAUAAAGGCGACCUUCCUGACAAUUCAGAUACUACUUCGCCCCUAUACGUUGAUUCAACUGGGAACGAAGUAUGGAGCAAAACGUUUGGCAUUGGUCCGACUAAUCACCGUUCUUUCUUUGACUUCAGGAAAGGCGAGUUGGAUAUUGAGCGUGGUCCAUGGUCAACAGUCACAGAAUUUAUGAUGGCUAUUGCGCGGAGGGAAAUUGCAACUGCAAAGGCAGGUCUCCGGUACCCCUUAAUGCCCGAAGGUCUUUUCUAUGGACCCGGACAAUACCAGCCUAGCCUCUCCAAAAAGCUCUCCGCAUUGGAAAAAUAUCUCAAGGUGGCACCUCAUGUUCUCCCGGAAAACAAAGCCACCCAUGCCUCAGUUUUAUGGCAUGGCGAUCUUCAUUCGCAGAAUAUAUUUGUCGACCCUGAAGACCCAAGCCGUAUUGUGGGAAUUAUUGACUGGCAGUCUGUCAGUGCCUGUCCGCUUUUUAUGCAGGUCGGGCGCCCAGCGUUUCUCGAUUACAACGGCCCGGUGCCUGAAGAUUUGGGGAAGGUCCCUUUACCACCAAAUUUUGACUCCAUGGAUCCUAAUGAACAGCGGAAGGCAAUGGCACUCCAUCGAGCACAGACACUGCACAAUCUCUAUCUAGUUCGGUGUCUUCAGGUUAACGAAACGGUCUUUCAAGCAAUACAGAGCCAGAAUACUCUCCGGCAUCAAGUUAGUGUGGUUCCAGGAUUAGUCUUGAUGGACUACGAGCCGCUCCUCAACGACCUGUUAAGAGAUGUUGAGAAAGAAUGGGCGCAUAUUAUUGGCGCGAGGGGGGAUGGCAGUUCUCCUGGAAUGCCGUUUCCAUUGCAGUUCUCGGAUGAUGAAAUCCAGCAGCAGGAGCAGGAUGGCGAGCUAUGGGCCCAAGGUGUUGAACUCAUGAAUGCAUUCGUUGAGGACACUGGCUGUUUUAAACAUUGGGAUGGCAGGGUGAGCAGCGUAGAUUAUGAAAAAUCUAGGAGAAAACUAGAUGAGGGGGUGAGGAGGUUCCUGGAACGUGAAGCCAGGAAUGAAGAAGAACGUAGGGAGUGGCUCAAAGCCUUACCGUUCGUGGAUUAA